AUGCCGAAAAAGAAAGAAGAAGAAAGUGAAGAAGAGGAAGAAGGCAGUGAAGAGGAAGAAGGCAGCGAAGAAGAAGGCAGCGAAGAAGAAGAAGGUAGUGAAGAAGAGGAAGAAGGCAGCGGAGAAGAAGAAGGCAGCGGAGAAGAAGAAGGAAGCGAAGAAGAAGGAAGUGAAGAAGAAGGAAGUGAAGAAGGCCCAGCAGAAGGCGAAGAAACCAGCGACGUCGAAGAGCAGCCAAACCCCUCCUACCGUCGUCACACCUUUGCUCCAGCCCCUCUCGGCCUCGAAAUGAUAAAGUCCAUUUCUCUUGACCUCGACGAUCUUUCCAAAGAAAUCGACUCAAUUUUCUUAUUUGCCAUCUCCCAGCCCGAACUCCCUUACAACUCUUCCAAAGAGUCUUUGAAUUUCGAAGAGCCGCUGCCAGAAGCCCCAAAAUCGAUUUCAAUUCCCAAGCCUUCCCGCCGUCAAAUAACAGAAGAAACGCCAAUCGAGGAGCUUUACAAAAGAUCAACCCCUUCUGACGAGCCCAUUUCCCUAGUCAAAGAGACCCGUCCCAAGGAGUUUUUUUCCUUCAAAGGCUUAUACAAACCUUAUUAUUAA